AAUUGCGCAAAAGGAAGGCUGAAAGAAAACAGGUCGCAAGCCAUCGGGUUUGUUUAGCACGUGUCUUUUCAAUGAUAGAUUCAGAUUCUCCAGCAUCUGCAGUUCCUAUUUUCUCUUUUCAAAGAUAACAAGGUGUAGAGCUGGAUGAACACACCAGGCCACGCAGCAUCAGAGGAGCAGGAAAGCUGACCUUUUGGGCCUAGACCCUUCUUCAGAAAAUGCCAUUUCAAUGAUGUUGUGACCAACUUGUCGAAAGAAAACUUUGUCCGGCUACUCGCUAUUUUUUUCUUUUAAACAAUACUUGCACACUUUUGCUGCAGAUUCCCGGCCAGUCCUAUAGGUUGGGAACCCCCACUGUGAGCAGUGACCUACCAAAAUGGGGAAGGCUCAUUCGGUAACACGAUGAACACAUCAAGGGAUUUCUCGCAGAAAUGAAGAAGGAACACUGGGAGCGGGAAAUAAACCUCUGAAAGAACCCAACUGUGCCAGCACCAUGGGGUUUAUCAGCCAUCUGGGAGACCCUGAGUAGCAGGAAAUGAUCCUCAAUCCCGAGCGAUGGUGGGUGGGUGGGAAGUGAACAGUUUAGCCGAUAUUGGUGCUUGCUGCAGUCCAGGUAAGGAUGUGGCAGCUCCCAGUCUUUACGAAAUAAGGUGCACGGCCUGGGCUCACUCAGAACGAGAAGUGAAUGCUCACGGCUUGCCGUGAGGCGUGUCUGCCGAACAGGAGUGUCCUCCUCCUGAUCCGUGAACACCUCCCCAGACACUCAGAUCAACGUCUUUCCGGACAGUCAAGGGCAAGGCUGCCUCACAUCGCCCCAAAAUACUAGCUGUUUGAAACGAGACGGACGCACGGGUUCUUCUAGGAGCGGAAAACUAAUGCAAUCAGGAAGCCAGCGUUUAUCUGGCGGGGAGUUGAGGUGAUCGUACAGCAGAUGCCUCGCCAAAUGUCACGUUUCUGGCCCGGAGGAGUUUCUAGGACAUAACUGUGAACUAAGAGGGAGGGUGAAAACUGAACUUUAUCUUUAGAGAAUCAGUCAUCAAAUAAGAUGGCUUUGGAAAAUGGUCAUAAUGUUAAAGCUGCCGGCGCGGAUGGAAAAGAACUGAAAAUUGUGAUAGUGGGAGACGGUGGCUGUGGGAAGACCUCGCUACUUAUGGUGUUUGCCAAGGGAGACUUCCCAGAACAAUAUGCCCCAUCCGUGUUUGAGAAGUAUGUGAAAGAUAUCACAGUUAGAAACAAGAAGUUUACUUUGACUCUUUAUGACACUGCAGGUCAAGAGGAUUAUGACAGGCUCCGCCCACUAUCCUACCAAGAUACAAACAUCUUCUUAAUCUGUUAUGAUGUCACAAACCCCACAAGUUUUGAUAAUGUCCGUAUUAAGUGGGUUCCAGAAGUAAGUCACUUUUGCCAGGGGGUUCCUAUAUUCCUGAUCGGUUGCAAAACAGAUCUUCGAAUGGACAAAGAACGUUUGAGAAAACUGAGAGCUGCCCAGCAAGAGCCAAUCACAUACAAUGAGGGUGAAGAGACUGCUCGCCACAUUAAUGCAGUGAUGUACUUGGAAUGUUCAGCCAAAUUCCGUGAGAACAUAGAGGACAUCUUCAGAGAAGCUUCAAGUGCAGCUUUAAAUGCCAUAAAGAAGAGGAAAAGCAAAAAGAGGAAGCAGAAGCAAUGCUUGUUACUUUGACAGUGGUUACCUAUGGAAGUUAAUGGACAUCAGUGUGCCAGACUAGAAUGCAUAUACUGUAUUAUAAUUAGUUCAUAGCUUUUAACAAAUUUAUUUGUAAUUGUGAUAUAUUCUCACUGAACUCGUUUUACUAUAAGGUGAAAGUUAUCUUGUCGCACUCCCAAGAUACUUCAGGCUAGGAAUGCAUUGCUGAAGCACAAAAUAAAUCAUCAGAUACAAGAAGAAUAAAAGUCUUUAGUGUGUUACAGAAACAGGCACUUCAUCCACAUUAAAAACAAGUUCAUACAAAAAGGAAAAGAUUGUAAACACUGAGCAUUUGAAACAAAAAUGAUACAUAAAUCGAUGGAGACACAGCACGUAUGUAGGAUGAAGCCAAGACAGCGUUUUGAAAAGGUAUAUCUUCACGACUUAAGACAAGCUCUCAUUGAAAUGUUGACUUGAUGCUGACAUUCUGUUGUGUAUUUUCAGCAAGUUUGAUUCUUGUGUUUACGUCACUCAACAUCACUUAAACAUCACUGCUUCUGUUGGAUUUAUUGCUUCAUAUGUCUCAUGCAACUUACUGUUGAAUGCAAAAUAUGUUCAAUGUUAUUUUGUAAAAUAAUGUACAAUAGCAGCUGUUUUCGCGUUAACCAUGCUUUAAAUUGUGAUAAAAGUAAAAGUAUAACCUGUCACUACAAGCAAUGGCAGCUUAAUGGCACUAAAGCACUUUUUUUUCACCAUUUUUCUUCUGCUUCUGAACACAUGGACUUAAAUGAAGGAUACAGUUUCACAAGUGCCUGGAGGAGGUUUGUCCAACACCAAUUUAAGUCUGAAUCCAGUUAAGUGCAACUGGAUAAUUUUGUAAGGAGCAACAUGUUCCUCCAAUCAGAAGUUGUUUCUGAGACUAAGUGAGACAUAAAACACUCCUCCCCCUCUUUUUAAACAAAACAUACCCAGGCUGAAAGGACACCAAUUUCCAGCCUCCAUUUGCAAUUGAGUUCUGACGAGGCCAGUUCGGAACGUGUCCCGCCUGAAGUAAAGUAGGGCCAGUGUUAGUUAAUCCUCACUCCUUCACUCAGUCCUGGACCUCCAGCCUGGUGAUCUGGAUUUAAGGUACACCUUCUCUCUUUAGUUCUGCUUCUUAACUGUAAAGGUGGAAAAAGAGUUUUAUUAGUGGGUCUGCAGCUUUGCAAAUUUGAAUGGUCAUUUUAUUGAUUACUUGUUUAAAGCAGGAACGUAUCAUUUGAAAUCUUUUCCCUCUCAAAAUUCAUUCAUGUUGAGUGUUGAUCUAAAACUUCUUUCUGAAGUUGCCCUGUCCCCACAAGAGUGGGUGAUAAAUUGAAAUAUGUCUCCCCUCCCACAAAAAGUUGCAUGACUAUGGUCCCAAAUUUCAGACCGCUUUCUCAAAUUUCUUUUGUUAGAUGUCCUAACCUUAAAUAACAGCAGGCAAUUCAGUUUUAAUGAGUUAAAAUUGAACUCCACCCUCUCCUCUUCAGUUUCGAGUAGCUGUGAAUAUUUUCUGAUAUCCCCCACCCCUGGUUUCUGAAUGCCAGUGACUGUAUGUCACCUCUCUACCACUACCAGCUGAAAACAUUUUCUUUCACACCAAAAGUAAAACUAAGAUCUUCUUAUCUGUAUCACUCAGGUCCACGGUGACGCAGCUUCUCGAAAUGAUCUAUCAGGAAAGCUGCUAAAGCACUUUACGAAGCAGACACAUCAAAGGAAUAAGUUUUUGUUGAACAUCUGCAAAUCUUUUCUAGUUUUGCCCCACUCAGAGAAAUAAACAGUUGCAAGGAUGAUCUUGGAGCCAGACACACAUGAAUUAUGCUGUUUCCAAAGAAAUAGAGGAUGGGGCAGCACAGCGGUUAGCGCUGCUGCCUCACAGCGCUAGGGACCUGGGUUCAAUUCCACCCUCGGGUGGCUUUCUGUAGGGAGUUGGCAUAUUCUCCCUGUGUUUGUGUGGGUUUUCUCCCACAGUCCAAAGAUGUGCAGAGUAGUAGAUUAGCCAUGGGAAAUGUAGGGUUACAGGGAUAUGAUUUGGGGGUAUAUGCUCUUCAGAGGAUCAGUAUGGACUUUGUGGGCCAGCUUACCUGCUUCCACACUGUGGAGAUUCUAUGAUUCUAAGAUCAAAUGACCUUCUGUUAGGAAACAGACUGCUGAUUUUAUAAGACUAAACAUCACAUUCCAGGGAAAUAUCAAAUUUCUUUUUGAUCUUCACAUCCUUUCAUAACCUAGUCACUAUCUAACCUAAAUUACUAGGCAGAAAGGGCUCCUGAUUGCAGCAUAUCAUUGCAAAAGUUAAGUUCUUAAUAAAUGAGAGAACUUUUUUUUUCAUUUGUUCGGGAUAGCUGAAAUGCUAGAAAACACUGACAGAUGUCUGCAGCUGUCUGCCUUUUCCUGCAGCCAGAACCCAAGCUGGCUUGUCCGGCAUGAUACAAAGAUAGAAGACAGCAUUAUAAUGAUCUAUUCACUGCAUUUGCUAUGAUACAUAUAUGGAGAUUCCUUAAGUACUAGCAGGAUAGAAGUUUCUGUAGCACAACAAUUCAUUCUUCAGAAGCGUGCUCUAGCUAAGCUUAAGCUAAUAUUACCUGGAGAAAAUGGGCACAAUGUAAAAUGAGCUGUUGUUUCAAUAUGACUUGUUUCUUGCUUUUGUGCAGACUGAUUUCAGCCCUGAGUAUAUUUUCACAGAUUGUUCUGUCACUUUUAAUGUUUCUGUCAAUGUAAGGAUGAUGCUCAGUCAAAAAUUGUACUGAAAAGGUGAACUGGUAAACAUAACAAGGUGUAGAGCUGGAUGAACACAGCAGGCCAAGCAGCAUCAGAGGAGCAGGAAAGCUGACGUUUCAGGUUGAGACACUUCUGAGGCUGGUAGUCUGGCAGUUUUUUUUGUCUCAGAUGUAGUUGUUGAGAAUCAAACUUAAACUUCAGCAAACCAGUGUGGAAAACAUUAUUUUAAUGCAGUAUUUUAGACCAUUGACAUUGCUACAUCCAUCCUAUG